UACACAAGAGGUGAGAACGACUCGGACAAUGUAUUGCUGGCAAUUUUUAAUCUUUUUAUAGCAAAGACUGUAUGAUAUGCUCGGUGCAUUUAUCACGUCUUCCCAUCGAGACCUACUCAAAGACAAAACUCUAGAAGGUCAGAUCCGAAAUCAUUGGACUUUGAGCAAGGAUGCAGCAAUACCCUUUUCCAGAGGGGUGAUUAGACUCGAAAGGUUGAAAGCAGCAAAGGUUCAGAUUCCUUUCUGUUCUUGGUCUUUUCCACGCUAACUGUGUACAGUACAAUAUCCUGUAUAACAAUAUUGGCGGCGUUCCGGCUAUUUAUAAGGGUUCCCGACAUUACAAUUGGAAAUGUGAUCUAGCUGGUCGCUCAAAUUCCGGGAUCGAGAGUCCUGAUCCGGGACUCCUUGAAAUACAUUCCAGGUUCUCUAGGGCUUUAAACUGGACCGAUGUUGCUAGCAACAUAGAUAGUCGUCCACGCUUGCGCCCAAGUCGAAAUAAAGACAGGAAUCUUUUCAUACAAUCGAUUACUACUACUUUGCUCGCUAUAUGGACCAGCUUCCCUGAAUGUAUCCGGUUUCAAACAUACAGAAUUUUGGGAACCGGUGGAUCAUAUCUCUAUGAGCAAAUCACCUUCGGAGUCCAGAGAUUGCCAUUUGGAAUGUACCUCAAAUAUGGACCAGGAGCCCACAAAGACCGGCAUACCGCAGAAUUUAACGCCUUAAAAGUCGUGCAAGGUCGAAUUUCCAUUCCUGUUCCGUAUCCCAUUGAUCUCUUACUCUCACCCACUGAUUUGUUCCUCGUCACUUCCCGCAUCGAAGGCGAGUCAGUUGGUAUUGCUAUAGACGAAUGCACUGACGAAGAAAUGCAUCGGAUCGCCCAAGAUUUACGUUCCUGCAUCGCAGAACUACAUACCAUCAAGGUGAACCGUGACUCGAAGUACUCUAUUACCAGCGCAACUGGAGGUCCUUGUUUGGAUUAUCGCAUCUCUAGCGAAAUAGUAGGACCUUUUCACGACGAGAAAGAAUUCAGUGAAUCAUUACAGCUGGGGAUCCUUCCUGGUUUAAUGCAUCGCACUGAUCAUGAGAUACCUUUUGCGCACGCGCAUUUGAAUAUGAGGAAUAUUAUGGUUAAGGAUGGGAGCAUUUCGGGAAUGGUGGAUUGGGAGAAUGCGGGAUGGUAUCCUGAGCAUUGGGAGUUCACCAAGUGUCAGUUUGGCGUUAGGAUUCAUAAGAGAUGGUUGAAAUUGACAGGAGCUGUGUUUGGGGAGAAGUAUCAAGAGGAGUUGGGGAUUGAGAGACAGUAUUGGGAAUAUCAAACCUUAUCGAUGUAUGUGAUGGACGGGUAGAUGCUUGAGUUUACACAGCAACCUACAAAUGUCAGAUGAUAUCACAUUUCACGUGAUUAUAUACUGGUGUUUCUUCGGGAACCAGGAACCAGUUUCAUGAUAAAGAUCAACACCUUUUUAAUAGCCUAA